AGCUAUAAUUGUGUUCUUUACUUUUAAUCAUAUUUGUUUUAAUGAUCAAACACUUUGUUUAAGACUAGAGCAUGGAAUCAUAAACCUGAAAAUAUACAGAAAAGACAGCAAAUACACAAAUAUUUGAGGAUGAGAGGGAAUUCAGUUUCAGGUCAGUUGCAUUUGUUAGAAACGAUGAGCACGGAAUCCUUCUGCAGCUUCAGUCCAUUCAGUUUGAAUUGCGGCGAUGACGUCAUUGCAGUAGAACGUGUUCUAUUUGCAUACAGAGCUGGCUGUGACAGCACAUGUUGCACAUUCGAUAGCGAAGACUGUUUGGUUAAUUCAACAGAAUUAGAAACUGCAUAUAUCCGCCGGAUAUGUUCGGGACACAAAAGUUGUGAUCUUGACCUUGCAGGCAGUCGUGACUUUUGCAAUUUGGGUACAAAGGAACCUUCUUAUGUGCAAGUGAAAUACUACUGUAUACCUGAAACUCGAGUUGUGUCAAUAUGUUCAAGUAGAACAACCUCAUCAGACGGACCUCCCUUGUACCUUACAAAUGAAAAUUACCCGAGUGUAACAACCGGAGAUGCCACUUGCUCCUGCUCAAUUGAAGUGUACAAUUGCUCCUCAAGUAUACAUGUCUAUACCAUCGAUGCCGACUUGUACUAUGAUACAUCGUACUGCAACCAAAGUUUAGAUUUCGUCGAAGGGUCAAACACCAGUUUAAAAGACAUCAGAUGUGAAAGUUAUUAUGGUUCGCCAAUCAUAGUGAACAUUUUAAAUACACAUUACGUAAAAGUUACCUUUCUAGACAAUGAAGCUGAGGACCAGGAAGGCUACUUUUUUCUUGGAUUUAGCGCCUCUAUACCAGACACAAGAUUCAGUAUAAGCUGCUCCUCAGAGCAAGAAUCCUGGUGUGUUGGUUGUGGUGCACUGCCAUCAAUUCCAAAUGGAUACCUCGAACUUAAGGAACAGGGAAACACUAGUUACAAAUCCAAGGCCGCAACCGUCUGUGAUGACGGGUAUGAAACCGUCACUGCCGAAGUGACAUGCUUGGCGAAUGCAUCAUGGGAAGGUGUUGUUUGCACAGUGAAAGAUUGUGGGUCGAGUAUUUCAGUAGCGUUCGGCUCCGCAUCUCUAGAUGAUAUUAAUAACUCAACUUACGGAGCAGCAGCAGAUGUUACAUGUAUUCAAGGCUAUGAAGGCAGCAAGGCAAUGAUUACUUGUCUAUCCACAGGAUCUUGGGAUACAGUUAAUUGUACACCUAAAGACUGUGGCCCAGUACCAUCGAUUCAGCACGGAUAUGUAGAUCUGCGAGAUGACGGUAAUACAUCGUACGGAGCAACAGCAGAGGUCAUAUGUGAUUCUGGUUACAAAAGCACAACGAGAGAGAUUGUAUGUCCUUUUACGGGUAUAUGGGAAAAUGUUACAGACUGCUUAUUGGAAGAUGCAGAAAAGAACAGCCAAGGACAAACUGGUGCAAGUAAAGAAACGAAAGAUGGCUUAUCCGCUGGAUAUAUAGCUCUCAUUGUUGUGCUAUCUAUACUUGUCGUAGGCGCUGCUGGUUUUGGUUCCUUAGUGAUUUACAAAAGAAAACGUGCUGUAACGCCUUCAAGCUAUGAAAAAGAAAAUCCCUUAGAAAGAUCCCAUGAAUCCGAUAAGACUGUACCAGAACCUACAACUGAGGCGACCCUUAAACGAAAUCCAGUACCAGAAGUUCCGAAAAGACAUGAAAUCAAACACGGUCAUGUGUACAUUGAUCACGGCGAAGCACACAUAUUUGGAAUAACAAUUCAUCUACCGCAUCCAUUUACUCAUACCUGAGAUCAUGAUACAUAAACACACACAAAGAAAUGAGAAGAAGAAGUAAUACUGACUCAAAAGAAAUGCUGAUAUUUGAACAGUCUUUUUGAGAUUCUUGAAACAUUUGCAUUGUUUAAUUAUACUAUAUACUCUAUAUGAUCACUAUUAACAUGUACAUAUCAUGUACAUUAUGAAUAGGUAUGACGGUAUUAAAAACUUUUCUUCUUUGAGUCAUAUUAAAUUGACAAAGUCUA